ACGACUGACGAGCCGCGGCGUCCGUGAACCUCGACUCCACCGACGACGACAACCGCAACGACUAGCUAACCGACGCCGAGCCGUUUACCGCCAAUCGCGAGAACACUGCGCCGACAGAUCGAUCGCCUAGCCACCACCUAUCGCUGACCGCCGUCGAUAAAACGUCGCGAAUCGCCCGAACACGUCGAAACGGUCUACUACGACGUGCGCACAGUCGUCGACGCUCGUAAAUACGUAACGACAAACAUGAUGUCAGUAUUAUUAUUUCGUCCCGUCGCCCGCUGAAACCGAUCGAUCGUCCGACGGAUUUCCCGUCCCGCGCGCGAACCGAUAGCGAAUAGCGAUUAUUAUUCGAUCGGCGGCGGCCGACGCGUUUUUUCUCGCGCUCAUCGUUUCAGACUCGCCACCGUCAAAAUUCCUUGUCGUCGUGACAUGUUUAACGCGGUACAAUCAUUACAGUCAUUACACACGCACUACCACCGCCGUCACUGCAACACCAAAACAAACCGCCAUCGGCGCAUAACGGCCGACGUUUUCAGUCGUCCCGUGUAAGAGCGAAUCGGUCAGGGCGAUUGUUUUCUUUUUUCGUCGCCAUACCACCCAGCGAUCGACCGAGGAACUCGACGCUCUAACGCGUGUCUGGUAACAUUUUUUCCGCCACAAUGGCGUUCAACGACUCCGCUCCAGUGUUCGCCAAGGGAAAUCCGAUCGGCGUCUCGAACAGACACACCUGCAAGAUGCGAAAUAAAAGAAUGUGGAAGUCAUUACGCGCGCACAUCUUGUCGCGUCGAGAGAAGGACAAACAAGCUGAAAUCGAUGCUGAAAUUUUGAGAAAAAAAAAAUGCGCAGAAGAUCUGAAAAUACAAGAAAAUAAAUUAUCUUUAGCACAAAUUAAUGGUCGUUUAACAGAACUACGAGACAAACGUGAUGUUCUUGAAGAAGAAAAACGUGAACUCCUGAAUCAGAAACAAACUAUUAUAAAUACUGUUAUAGCAGUACCUGAGCCUAAGUGUGCAAACUAUGAUCGUAAAUUAGUUACGAAAAUCAAAUUUAAAAGUAGUAUAGUUUCAAGUAUAUCAAUACUUGAUAAUCAACAACAACAACAACAACCACCACCACAGCAACAGCAGUUAUUAGAUUUGAUGAAAACAGAACCUUGUAUGGAAUCUCCUCCAACUCCUCUUUUAGAAAAAGAAUUCAGCCCAGCCUCACAACCUAUUGUAAUACCUACAGAUAUUAAAGGAAGUGACAAAUCAAAUUAUUGGAUAAUACAUCAACCAAAUUAAAUGUUAUUUCAAUAAUAAUUACUAAAACUUUAAGAAAACAUUUGUCACUGUAUUGCAGUCCAUAUUUUUUUUAAAUUUAUUUUUACAAUGCAAAUUUUAUUUUUUAAAUUUUGGCAUUUUAAUUUGUAACAUAUAUUUCCUUUUUAUCUAUCUAAUUUAUUUUAUAUUAUUGAAAAUCACUAUUAGUACUUAUUAUGUCUCAAUCAACAAAUGGUAAUUUAUAAUUUAAUU